CCCAAGAAAAACAUCGUCUCUUCAGUCUGUCCAGACAACUGCCCGAUUCAGUCGCUUCAAUUGAUUCUCCUCAAGUAAACUCUUUUACCCAUCAUGUCUAAUAUCUUUUUGGUAUCUUUCUUGAUUGGCUGCUGUGUAUCGUCUGCUUGGGCAAGCCUCAAUCUUCAUGGAGAACCGCUCCUUUCGGGGCUAACCUCUUUCACCAUCGUCGUAGAGACAAAGACAGUUGAAAAACAAACAACUUGUUACAUUACAUCCGGCGUAGUCAACCAGUGUCGGCGUAAACGUGGCAUCGAAGAGAAACCCGAAUUCGUGCAAGACGAAGGUUUGGAAAUUCAACCAUCAGCCGUAUUUGGAAUUGAAGCCACUCCCGUUCCUCGUGCAUUGAACCCGAUGAAUUUCUACAAUUCCGAAAAGGUUAUCGGCUCCUUCGACGAUACGUAUUUCAACUCUCAGAAUAUUUUCCGACAAAUUGCUGCUAAGGGCCGUAGCAAUAAAAUCACAGUCGGUGAUUGCGGUCAAUCCACCGUCAAUCUCAGCCAGUUCCUCGCCUGCCUGGGCAUGACUGUUCAAGAGACUACAACAUUGACGGCCACUUUUACAGAACUCGAAACCGUGUCCUCGGGAACCGUCAUAAUGACCGUCAAGGGCUGUACACCAGCAGGUUUCCCUUACACUUAUUGCCCUUCAAUGAUUUAAAUGAAUUCAGCUAUAGUCAGUUUAAUGCUUCCGCAUCCUGUACUAUAUCGAAUUCGUUAAUGGUAAAAGACUUGUGCAAUUCCUGGCCGAUCCAUGAAAAUGCUGCAAUGCAUUGCUUCAAACCAACACCUGAAAGAUCAUUUUUUAAAAAAUAAUCCUUCUAGUGGAUCAUCUGUUAAACUUUGAUGUGAUCUUGAUGUGUACUUUUCCUUUGUUUUUGUUAUUUGUUGUCUAAGUUAUUUGAUGCUUCGUUUCCAUGGCUUUAAAAAAAUCAAUUCCAAUGGCUAUCUAAAAUAUUUUCUUCUUCUGUUUCUACUAUACGACCUUUUUCCACAUCAAUAAAAGAUUCUUGCAGCAAAAA